UUAGUGCGAGUUAGUGCGAGUUUUGUCGUCGUCGGUGCUGCUGUUCUCCUGCUGUAAGUUGAAGCGUUGUGGCGUUGUGUGCUGAUCCGUUUACACUUUUCCCCCAAGGGCUACUGCUGUGUAUUUUGGUGUUUCACCGCUGCCAGAAGGGACGGAAUUUUGUACUAUAUUGUGAGUGGGUGGAAGCGGAAGUUUUGGUGCAUAUCGAGAGUUACUGUUUGUGGCCCAUGUUGGCACACGGUGGGAAAUUUACCACGCAAAUAUGCGAAUGAGAGAAGAUUUUUCCCGAAUGUGAUUUACGCUGCGAUUCAUCAGCUUGAUAUCGCUUCCAGUGAGGAGUGUGCACAGUGCAGUUGGAAAAGUGUUGAAACGCACAGAUUUUUGUGAUACCGUGUGGAGGCGGAGAAAAAACAAGCAGAAACAAGUUUGGAUGGAGGAAAUGAUUUUUGUUAUUGUUGUUCGAUGGUGAACUGAGUGUUUUGAGUGCUUUCGAAGUUUGGUUGAGGAUAUCGCUAGCGGCAUCAGUUCGGCGAGACAUCCUUUGGAUUUGAGCAAAAAGGCGUUUCAUUGCGGCUCCUUGCAAUAGAAGACUUUUUGCGGAGAAACAAGGAGAGUUGGAUGGUUCCUAGAAAACCGAAACAAGGGAAUCCUUCAAACAACGGAGAGACUGAGGUUACAUCUCCCUGUGUGAGAGCAAGAAAGAGAUAGCUCUUCCAAAAUUACACUACCACCGCCUCCAUCGAUGAUCGCACCUAUGACCAAGCUCGCAAGGAAGUUCCCCCCGACACUACUUCGCACAGCAAGCCAUCCGCUCCGCGUUUCCUCGGAAAAGAGCAAAUCCGCACAAUGCAGCAUUGAAUCCACACCCAGCCAGAAUAUGCGACAAACCACAAGUUCCUAUAGAAAGCCAGUUUGAGACAGCAGAGCACAAUCGCGCCCUCCCCCAGUUCACAUUUACCGGACGACCGACGACGAGGUUGGCGAUUGGCAGUUUUACGACGACCUUCCGGGAGAUUAUAGAUUUUCGGCUGCGCGCUGAUUGCGUGCGCGCGUUGACCUUCCGUCCGCUGUGAGCUGCUUAGCCACUCGCGACGUCCGUCGCGGAGACAACGAUCUUCACCAUCCUUCACCACCCGGACCUGGUGUAGUAAACCAAAACAUCAAAAAAGAAAAAUAAACUUGGAAAUAAGAGGGAAACACAAACAUAAGUGCGCGAGUGUCGUUGUGGUCGCUUAUCUAUCGCUCGCACAACAGCCGCUGUUAGUUUCUCAUGGUGAAUUUUGGCUUUUGUUUGGUAUCGUCUGUGUAUGUGUUGUGCUGUGUGUGAAUUGGUGGUGCGUUCUUGUUAGUGGUAAGUGUACUACGCGCCGCAACCACAAUUUAGUCGUUCAUUGUUCGGCUAUCUGUUAUCACUGUCGGCGGUUGCUUAUCAGUUCCGCCGAGUAGAAGUUGCACGCGAUAGUGAAAGCCAACAAACGGCUGACUGCGGAAGUGUGCGUAUCUUAUCAAUGUGUUGGUGUGUACUUGUUGCUGAUUCGUAUAGCAUUUAGUAAUAGGAAAAAAAAGCAAAGAUUAAUAAUCAACAUCGGUUGGCAAGAAGUUGUAUUUCCAAGAAAUGAAAAAUAAAUAUUGUUGUGAUUGAAAGUGAGAGAGAGAGAAAGCAACAAAAUACAGCGGCAAGUGUGGUGAUCUCGCUCGGAAUCACUGAGUCACAGAAGGGCAGGAUUUCCAAGAAAGAAGUGCGUGUGUUCGAAGGAAACGAGAUUCGAGCUCAAUUGUGUCUGCUCAAUUAGUAAUUGGAAAUAAUUUCCGUUCUGUUUUGUUAUUGUUUAUUAGUCUAUUUACGGGCGGGAGUAGUGCUAUAGAAGAGAUCGAAGUAAAGCCGAAGUGAUUGUGUUGUCGUUACCAUAUCCUCAAGUCGUAUGAUAGUAGUGCACACCUUGAAAAAGAAAGAAGAAAAUCAAAGGCAAAUUAACGUGGAAAUUUCGCCCAGGUUUUCGUUUUCGUGUUCAGCAGUAAGUAGCAGCAAAGUAAGCGGCAAGUGAGGAACGACGACGAGGAGGAGAAGCAGCAGAGAGUAGUCAAGCGAGUGAUUAGAGAGCAAAAAUGCGCGAAUUCAAGGUCGUUGUACUGGGCUCCGGAGGGGUUGGCAAAUCCGCCCUCACCGUGCAGUUCGUGUCCGGUUGCUUCAUCGAGAAGUACGACCCGACGAUCGAGGAUUUCUACCGGAAAGAGAUCGAGGUGGACAAUUCGCCCUGCGUGCUAGAAAUUUUAGACACUGCCGGCACCGAACAGUUUGCGUCGAUGCGAGAUCUGUACAUUAAAAACGGCCAUGGCUUCAUCGUUAUGUACUCGUUAACCAAUCACCAGACAUUUCAGGACAUCUCCAGUAUGCGAAAUGUGAUCAGUCGUGUGAAAGGUAGUCAGCCAGCACCAAUCCUCCUAGUCGCCAAUAAACUAGAUUUAGAUUGCCAAAGAGAAGUUUCGACAGCUGAAGGAAGCGCACUCGCCGAACUGUGGGACUGCCCGUUCAUCGAAGCUUCCGCCAAGGACCGCAUCAACGUCAAUGAAGUGUUCGCCACCGUCGUCCGGGAGAUGAACAUGACCUCCGAGAAGCGCCAGAAGAAGAGUUACUGUUGCUGUACAUUAUUAUAGAAGUGGCAUUAAAAGCGUAAUUUUAACCCCCCUAAUCGUAAAUAAAACUAAUAUUAAUAAUAAUAAUUACAAUUAAAAAAAAAACGGUGAGCGAACAGAACGCGGAGAGAGGAAGAGGAGGAAGAAUAAGAAGAGCAGCAUAACAAAAUUAUGAAAUUGAGGAAAACAGCAAAAGCGAAAAAAAGAAAGCAGAUUGAUUAGGCCAAAAAUGUAAGGGAAAGAAGAAGAAAAAAAGUAAAUGGAAACAGCGAACCCCGCUAUUGAUAGGUGUUGUUUUGUGUAAGGCGAAUUGAGAAUGAAGGCAAAGAAAACAGUUUUUUUUUUUUUUGAAAACCAAGCUGGGUCGAUGGUGGUAUCGAAAUCCAUGCAAAUGAAACUAAUAUACAUAUUAAAUGUAAUGAUAAUAAUGAUAAACUUAACUCUACACCGAAUGUGGAACAGUUUUUUGAUGAUGUUGAUGCUGAGAUAGGAUCCAAAAGAUGUAGAAGAGAGGACAGAGCGAAAGAGAAAGUGAAUGAAAGUGCGGACAAAUUUUUAAAAAAGAAGGGUGUACAAUAAGCAAACUGUGCGAAAAAAAAGAAACAAGCAAGAAACGAUAAAGCGAAUAGAAUCAAUGGCAAGAAAACAAAUAAUAAAAAAAAAACUUAGCAACGCAUGUCUGUGUAUGUAAACGAACGAUUAAUGUAAGCGAAUAAAACUGUUUAGGGUAUAUUUUUAGCAAAGAUGAAAAGGGGAAAUUCUAUUUUCCAUUAGUCAGAAUCAAUAUCUCUUUCGGUGAAGAUUGAGGGAUAGACUUGGUUAAUUUUUCUUUUUCGUUUCGUAAGCUAAUCAUCAGUUGGUUCAAAGCUUUCUUUCCAAUUUCUUAGGUUAAUAUUUGAGAAUGAUGUCGCGAAAGAAGCAAUAGGAAGAAAAAAUGAUGGAACGAUAACAAUUAGUUGUUGUUAUAAGUUUAGAUAAUCUAAAUCUUUUAACUCAGUUUCCCGAUUCAUUCUAGAGGUUUUAUACACAAUCAAAAUAGUUCACCUUUUAUAUCAUAAUCAAACUGUUUCUUUGUUUAUCGGUAUCUGUUCUGUAUCUAUUGGAAAGGGCAGAGCCUCCAUUCUCUCCCUCUCUUUUGUUUUGUAAAAUAACGCACGUAUUCAAUAUUUUCUCCAAAGCAAAAAGACGAGAUUUGACAAUUGAGAAUGAGAGAAGCCCACUCACUCAUAUACACUAACUCACACACAUUGAAACUCAAACGAAAAAAAAAAAUGAGAACAAAAAUUGUAGUCAAAUGAUGGGGAAGCAACUAUUGAAAGCUCAUAUUCACCCGCAAAAAUUGGUGGUGAAAAUCAUUUAGCAUGUAGCAUAACGUGGGAUAUACAACAAUACAACAGCAUGUGUAGGUGUACCGAGGAGUCAAGAACAAAAACCAACCUAUUUUUAUCAUUACAGUUUUUGUAUACACUGCAACUGCAAACGUAAGAAAAAGGAAACACAACUGAAUAUAAAACCCGCCAAAACGGGGCAAUUCCAACAGUGAAAAACCAGACGAUACAAUGUGUAAUAAAUAAAAAGUGAAACACUAAAAAUAAAAAUGAAAAACCAAGGCCU